GCGGAGUCGUAAGUUGAAGCAACCGCCGCGCCGAGCAACCUUAUCCACGUCCCGCCUCCCUUCCUCCCCGCCCGCCCGCCGCUAUAAAACCCGCGACUCCGCCCGUUGCAGAGACGAACCAUUGGCUCUUCCCCCAGUCCACAGUCCACGCGCACACCAGCGGACACGCCGCUCGCUCGCGGAGCAACCAACCUCAGCCUUCCCCGGAGAGAAGGAGCGGUCGAGGAGGAGGCCAUGGCCGGGCGGAGCAGCCCCUCCAUGGUCGCGGCGCACAGGCUCUUCGCGCCGCGACACGCCGCGGGGGGCGCCGACCAGGGCGUGGAGCUCGACGAGGCGGACGUCAUCUGGGGCGCCGGCGCCGGCUACUCCUCCUCGCCGUCGUCGUCGCCGCCGUUCUUGUCCUCCGCGGGCGACCCGUACGCGCGGUUCCCGGCCGUGGCCGCCCCAUCCAAGCCCAAGCCCCGCGGAGGCGGCGGAGACCCGGGACCGGCUUCGGUGCCGGUGAACAUCCCGGACUGGUCCAAGAUCCUGGGCGCGGACUAUGCCGGGAGCUGCGCGGGCGCGCGCGGGUGGGCGCACGACGAGAGCGCCGACGCCGAGGAUGGCUCGAGCGGCUGCGGCGGGCGAAGCUGGGUGCCGCCCCACGAGAUGCUGCAGUGCCGGGAGCGCGCCGCGGCGUCCUUCUCCGUGCGCGAGGGUGCCGGGCGCACGCUCAAGGGCCGCGACCUCCGCCGCGUCCGCAACGCCAUCUGGGAGAAGACCGGCUUCCAGGACUGACGAGUGACAGCCUCACCGCCGCCGCCCACCUUGACGGCAGCGACCGCCGCGACCUCAUUGAUCCCGUUCUCGCCUUGAGGAGGAAGAGGAGCGCUCGCUUCACUAGUGGCCUUGACCUCAUGGAUAGGUUUGACGAGU